ACACGUUAAAGAAAUGUACUUAUUAGAUAGAAAUGGACUGGUUUAGGUGAAACCGUAAUUUGUUUGGUGAUUUUUGUUCAGUUACCUGGUCAGUCAUAAUUGGUAUUUGAUAAGUUAAGUAUUCAGUCUGUGAUUCCUUGAACUCAUGUGAUCUGUCAGUAAAUUGGUCUUUUGUUUGUUUGUUAGUUUGAUGGUUGUUAGUCGCUCAUUUAAUCAGUAGAUCAGGUAAAUGGCUGCUGUGUCGUUUUCAUAUACAAAAUUAGUUGGUUAGUCAAACAGCUAAUUAUUUAUUCUUUUAUUCAGUACACAGCUGGUCAGAGAAUCUGUCAAGAAGUUAAUUUGUUGAGUUUUUGUUGGGCAUUUGUCAGUUGGUUGGUUAGAUUUCAGGCAGAGAGGCAGUCAGCAAGUUAUUAACAAGAGCAGUAGGACAGACAUUAAACUAGUCAUCCGUCCAUCCCCGCAGCCAGUCAGCCAGUCAGCUGCUCGCUGAAGGGAGUGGCUUUCUGCUUGGCUGCCUCCGGCUGAAUGAUAGUCAUUCACCCAGCCAGCCACCCAGCCAUCCAGCUACCCAGCUACCCAGCCUCCCGCCCAGGCAGUCAGUCAGUCAGUCAGUCAGUCAGUCAGUCAGUUGGUCGGUGUAAAUGCAGGGCUGCUGGUCAGCUGCUCUGGAUGACUUGUAGCUCCCUCAGGAUCUCACACCAUUAAAUCAGCUGAGGAUCCACUGAGAGGUUUAUUGCGGUCAUCACUAUGACUGAUGGAGAUUAUGACUACCUUAUAAAGCUCCUUGCCCUGGGGGACUCCGGUGUAGGGAAGACCACAUUCUUGUACCGAUACACAGACAACAAGUUCAACCCCAAGUUUAUUACCACAGUCGGCAUCGACUUCAGGGAAAAGAGAGUGCUCUACACAGCAUCUAACCCCAAUGGGACAACCGCAGGAAAAACCUUCAAGGUUCACCUUCAGCUCUGGGACACAGCUGGACAGGAGAGGUUCCGCAGCCUGACAACUGCUUUCUUCAGGGAUGCAAUGGGGUUCCUGCUGAUGUUCGAUCUCACCAGCCAGCAGAGCUUUCUCAACGUCAGAAACUGGAUGAGCCAGCUACAGGCCAACGCCUACUGUGAGAACCCAGAUAUUGUUUUGGUAGGAAACAAGGCGGACCUUGCCGACCAGCGGGAGGUUCAGGAGAAACAGGCGAAGGAGUUGGCCGACAAAUAUGGGAUCCCCUACUUUGAGACAAGCGCAGCAACCGGAGCAGAGGUGGACAAGGCGGUGAUAACACUGUUGGACCUGGUCAUGAAGAGGAUGGAGCAGUGUGUUGACAAACCGCCCGCCGAGCCGGCCAAUGGAAACGGGGCUACGAAGCUCUCAGAAGCACAGCCCGAGGCGAAGAAAUGUGCGUGCUAGAUCCAGAAGCGGUUCAGGACGACAACCAGUCAGCGCUCCUCUGUCUUCUGUCCUUUUCUUCUUCACAUCCCCUCUUUCUUUCACUCGGUACUACAUUUUUCAGAGCAUGUUUGUUUCAUCUUCACUCUCUUUGAAACUAACCUCGAGCCAUCUUACAGUCUGAUUUUCCUAUCUUUGUUCUUCCUUAUUCCCUAAAUUGUUUGCCAUGAAACCCCUCUAUCCCCCUCUAAUGGACAUUCAAGGUAAUGCAGCGACGGCCUGACUGCCUUUUAGGGGGGAAUUAAAGCAGGAGGGGAACGUUUCAUCACUGUCUGAAAUAUAAUGUGCCUCAUUGGAUACAUGCAGCCUGGGAAUUAAGCUCUGCAUGCUCCCAAUUUCUCUGCUCGCAAGUGCUUUAAAUGGACCCAAACCCUCAGACAGAGACAUUUCAAACUUUAAUUUGGACUCUUUAACUUGUGAUCAGUUCAUUACUCUGCAUCAGGGAGAAAGAUUUAACAUUAUGUUUAAUUUGGGUCACAAAGAGCUUAAUAUCAGGCUGCGUGUCUGUGGGGAAUUGAGGAUCCAGUGUGUUUUUAAUUUUAUGUUUUCCCUCUUUCACACCAUGUCCUGUGCUGUACCCGUAUUAGACACAUGGUGAUCUUUCAGUCCAGAGCAGUUUUGUCCAGUUCACACAGGCUAGAAGUUUACUAUUAAUGCGGCACGUUGUGUUUUGUGUAACUGGUGUUAUGUCAAAGGUCUUUGACACGUUGGCGAGUACAAUUAUUUGUUUUUGGAAACAUACUGUACAACCUGUCUUACUAUGUCUACUUAUUAAAAAGGCUGAAACCAGGGCACCUGAACUUGUAGGGUUUCUUGAAGACAUUUCACCACACAUCCAGAUCGUCACCAAUCAUAGAACUCGAGAAGCUAGUUGGAUUAGUGGCAAAAAGUCUUCAAGAAACCCUGCAAGUCCAGCUUGAUAUUUUGGUUCUGCCAUGACCUUGAUGACUGAGAACCUUCACAGGCUAAUGUCUGCUUGUUAGCUUCUCUAGCUAAGGUUUGCAUAUGUAAUAUUUAGCAUAUGUAAGACAUAUGUAACAGCUUGCUCCACAAUGAGCAGUGCAGCAAAAUAGCAGGCCUUUAUUCAAAGUUCUGUUUUAGUAAAAAAUAAAAACUUCCUCAAGAAAACGCAAAAAAACAGAGAAAUAUCGUGUUAUUUUCAGAGCAGAUUUCUCUUAGCCUCUUGCUACUUUUCAAGAACACUUUCUCAACUGAGUAUAAGACACUAUUGUCUGACUUUAUGUGCCAAAAGUUGUCUCUAAAGGAGUGUGUGUCCCAUCUUUGUGUCGCAUAAAUGAUAUCAACUCAAUAGCGUGUGCUAAAUUACGCUAACGUAACACAUUUUGCUGUGCAUUAAUAGAGAACUGCCAUGUGAUGUUUUUUUAAUGGUUCAGGUUUGUUAUUUUGCAUACUUUUACAUGUCAUAUAUACAUAUUAGUUGUUUUGUAAGUAUUAUAUUUUUUCCCAGCCUUACAUUAGACGACUGGUUCAGUUAGCUAACAUCCAAAUCAGGUUACAUUUUGAUGGUAUGCCAGACUUGAUUGUUUGCAUAUACAACCUAGUCUGGAUGCCAGACAAGCUGUCUGCCACAAAAAAAUUGCCACAGUGUGCCACAUUUUGUGCUACGGAAAGUUCGACUGGAAUUGCUCCACUGGGAAUUGAUUAUGCUCCUACAAAGGCCAAUCCUGCUGGGCCAAUCAAAUAGCUUAUGUGGGUUUUAUACAUUUAUUUAUAGUGAUGGACAGAAGAGUAAUUGGUUGGAGGACUAUCCAAUUGAGCACAGAGGUAUUUUUUCUUCUCUGGUUCGAUUGAAACAUAAUGAACUGACAUUCUCAUUAGAGUCCGGCUACAUUAAACUGUCCAACACCAGUAUGGGUACAGCCUGGCACAUGUGCAAUUAAGAAGAAAAAAGGCCAACAUAAUAUAUCAUUAAUAGUGUGUUUACCCAGAUAGAUGUAUUGUUCCAAACUGCCUUGGCUUCUGAAGCAUUAUUCCACUGUGGCGUGACGGACGUUUGAGUCAAGUCAGCUAAAAAUACUGCGUGCGUUGGAGAUGCGUUGUCACUGGAAUCUGCUACCAUUUAAAUUAAAAACUAAUUGAACUGUAAUGCCAUUCCUAAAAGAAAAUAAUACGAUAGAAAAAAGUAAAUGAAAUUAUGAGUCACUUGAAUAAUGCCUUAGAACUGUUACAUAUCAUGAAAAUAGUGAGAUACCAAAUGUCAAUCAGCUGACAUCCGAUCUUCACGGCAGCUGAUUUUAGAUUUUGACCUGCCCUCUCAAAGUGGCAAAGUGAAUUCUGGUUUUGCGCCCCAUACUGUACCUGUUGUUAGAUUACAUGGCGACCAAUUAUUUAUAUUGAAAUAAAAGUAAAACAUGUAUUGUUAUUUCUUUUGUCAUGCUCCUUUGUAGUCUUUAAAUACCACCCUCCCAUUUCGUUUUAUUUCAUUUUGAAUGUCAAGAUAGAGGAAAAAAAUAUACUAUUAUAAAGUCUUGAAGAAGUACAAUAGAAAAUUAUUUUCUAUUGCUUUGAAAUGGGAUUUUGUUACACAGUUGCUUCGGAAGGUAUUCAGACCCCUUCUCUUUUUACAAACUUUGUUGUAUUGUAGAUUUUAUUUCAAACUCAUGAAAAUGGUCACGGUUUCCCCUAUCAAUCAGCUCUCAGUAACCCAUAAUGACAAAGUGAAAAUAUAUUUUUUAGACAAUUUAUUAAACAUCACAAAUUGAAAUGUCUCACUCACCAAAGUAAAGGUGCUUAAUUCAGUUUGAAUUUUUUCUGACAGCCAUUACAUCUCCAUGACUGAAUGAGUUUAAGCCCCAUCAGUAAUUCCUCCUGAAGCCACUCCUGUGUUGUCUUGGCAAUUUUGGUGACCUGCUGCUAAAUCUCAUGUGGUUGCACUGUUGAGCAGGUCUUCAUCUCUUUGUGACUGGUUAUACAGUCAUAAUUUCCUCACUUCUGACCAGUCCCCUUGUCCCUGCUUCUGGGACAUGCCUCCAUAGCAAGAUGCUGCCACCACCGUGCCUCACCAAUAGGUUUGUUGUAUUGCCAUCCUUACAAAGUUCCUUCUUGCUCUGCCAUCCUGAGGAAGAGUUACUGAAGCCAAUCUCCUCUUGGAAACACAGAGCUAUAGAAAUGUUUUAUCACAGGAGGCUACAGACGCUUUGGCCUUCAUUUCCUGGUUUCUGUCCUGACACUAACCAGUGUACAUACACAAUUGUGUGCCUUUAAAAACUAUGUCCAUUUCAUUCAGUUUGAAACAGAUUGACUCGAGUUGGUUUCUAGAGACAUUUCAAAGCACAUUCGUUCAAUUUCUGUAACUGCUUGUCCUCUAGAGCGUCGUUGGGGGCGUGGAACCUAUCGCAGCUGUCAUUGGGCGGGAGGCGGGGUACACCCUGGAUAUGUCUCCAGUCUAUCACAGGGCUAACGCAGAGAGAUGGACAACAAUUCACACCUAUGGCCAAUUUACAAUUACCAAUUAACAAGCAUGUCUUUGGACAGUGGGAGGAAGCAGACAUAGGGAGAAACUGCAAAGACCCCAGUGGGCCUAGAUUCAAACCAGGACCUUCUUGCUGGGAGGCAUCAGUGCUAACCACCACUGCACUGUUCCACCCUCAUUUCAGAGCUCAAUAAAUAAAAUAAGAUGCACCUGAUCAAAGUUUGGAGCUACAACAAAACAAUUUAAUCGUUUUUGAGGUUUUACUCUGUCAUUAUGAAUUACUGAGCUUAGAUUGAUGGGGAUCAUGCUGAAAGUAAAGAAAUCAAUCUACAAUAGAGUAAACAAUUGUGUGAAUACUUUCUGAUGCCACUACAGCUGUUUUUCUUACGUCCAUGUGUACCAGUCCAUUGAGUAGAUACUGUGCAGAAAACCCAGUCAAAUUAUGCCAUACCAUCUCUAGCACAGUGACCCCAUCACACAAAACCCAUUAUUAAAAUGUCAGUUAUCAACGUUGAGUCUUAGAUUAUUUAGUUUAACUGCAUUUAACAGUUUUUCUUAAAUCAAAUAACAAUUUGAUCUGCCUGACUACUUGAUAAAUUGUGAGCGCGGCUGAGUUGAGAUCAUCAGCACUCAAUCUAGAAUAAGCACAGCCCAGCAUAGUAUUAAUGUCUGGUCUUCAAAGUAUACUCAAACUGUGGCCAGUGGUUGUUAUGAAUGUUAUGUUUGGCAAUUAGCAAACACUGCUCUGACCCUUAUUUCCUUAUUUAUCCAUGGAGCUGUGGCUUUGCCUACCUGUCAGCCACAUUUACUGCAGGCCAGUGUGCCAAAUGCAAAACUGAAAUGCCACAAACCCAAAGCUCAUCCUGCUGUUCUCUCAACCUUAACAUUUUUUUUUUUUUUUUUUUUUUUUUUUUUUACAUUUUAUUAUUAUUAUUUUUUUAAGUGCUUAAUUUUUCCCAUCCUGUUCUGGUUUGAAAGCCACACAGAUUUAUUUGCCAACAGCUGAUCUCAGUGCCAUAACAAACACUUGCCACUGUUCAGUUUUAAUUGGUCAGAACAUUAAUUUGCUGGUUACAUAAAAAAGCUGGCUCCCAUAGUUACUUCGCAGCAAUAUUUCAUCGCUUUGUGCUGCUUCCAGCUCACCAUCUACUUAUUUCCUCUGUAGAUUUGAUCUUUCACUUUUGUUGUACGUAUUUAAAAAACAAAACAAACAAACAAAAAAAAAACAUCUAUUUCAGAAGCAGAUUUGUGAAAACAACUUCAUUUGCGAUUUUGUUUUGUUUUGUUUGGUCUGUCUUUCAUUUAUGAAACAAGUUAUAUUUUGGACGACUUGUGUUAAGUGCAUUAACUGAAAUGGAAGUGUUUGGCCACUAGAGGGCAGGAUAAACUAAAACACAAUAGUGACCUUAAGAAGCUGUGUUGAGCUUCCUGGUUACACAUCUUGACUCAGUCUUCACCAAUGGAAUUAAGUUUUCUUUCUUCCUUUCUUACCUUACCUGUGGAGGUGAACUUGUUUAUAAUGAAGUGGCUCUGAAUGGUUGUAAGAGUAUCCAAUUGGAUGCAGAGGUCUUUUUUUCUCUCUCUCUCUGUAUUGGUUGAACUACAAUGAAAUCCAACUCAGACUCUGGCUUCAGCAGGCUUGUAUGCUCCACCUUCUUCACCAGCUAAUCACAAGCUUCGUGCCUGCCUGAAAUAGUUUGCUGUAGGUGCCAAACCAUAAAACCAAAACAUGAGCUCAAAGAAGCUAAAAAGCUUUGCUGCAAAAUACAAUGUGGGGUCACUAUGAGGGUAGGAAGGAUUAGUGCAGCUUAACAUCUAAACAAAACUGUUGAUUAUUUUCAUUUCCUUUGAAGGCUUCCAAAUCUGUGAUGAUUUGAUUAAGUUUGGUGAAAUUGGAAACUUAUGGGAAUCCUCUAAUUUAGAUGACUUGCAGCUAAUUUGGAAUCAGAUAUAGCAAAAUGUAUUGAAUGAAUAUACUUUGCAAGUACUUGGGGUUUCUCAUUACCCCCAAGUUGGACAAGCAUUUUCCUCAAACAAAUGCCUUUUAGGAGUGACAAUCUUCCGAGGACAAAUUGUUGAUUUUUAACAGAGCCUUUCUCAUUACAUUGCUCAGUGUGUUUUUAUUCAAAUCUCUUCAACACAUGUACACUCUAAUGCUUUUAGUUAAAGUUAAUAUUUAUGUUGUAUUUAAACAUCUCCUCCAUAAAGUCUUAAAUGUAGUUUGCGAGUUCACUUUGAAAGUUUACACUGUCUGCAGUCAUGUUGUGCCUGUUAUUAUAACUCUUUUGUCUGAUCCUCUGUAUAGUUUGUGAGCUACUUAAUAUUUUAAUGCAUUAUUGAUUAUAGAUUAUAAAGCAGAGGCAAACGAGAACAGAAGUCCUGGUGUUGUUUUUGUGCCCGAUAUAUCAAUCUAAGUACCUCUAAGAGCUUUUAUUUUUGGAGAUCCUCUGUGUGUAAAUUCUUUCUGAUGCCUGCGGUUUGUACUCGUUUGUUUUCUGUGUGUAUUGAUGCCUGUGUGUGUUUGUUGCACCGUCAGCAUGUUUGACACCAUGGGAAUGGAAUGACCUGUGAUGCAUUCAGUGUUUCUGAUGCCAGAGCUGCAAAUAAAUCUCUGUUGGUUAUA